AUGGGAAAUAAGUGGCUUCACCUGAACGCAAACUUCUUAAGCACGGCGUUAGUGAUCGAGACGGAAGUAAAUGCUUACGCUCAGCAACGCUUUGAGCGCCGUGAACUUCUCGUUCAUCUCCUCGCGCCGCUGCCUCUCGGCCAGGAUGUGGUUCUCCCUCUGGAAUUGCGUCCGGUGGGGCGUCUUCUCCGACCUCAUGAGCUCGGCUUGGCACAGGGCCUGGUAAGCCAGCAUCUCCUGCUUCGCCUGGGCCUCGUUGAUCGAGCCAAAGGGAGCGGCCUGCUCGUCUCCAAACUGGAGCUGUGGUUGCAAGAGCUGGUGUUGGUGGUGGGAACCGGGAGUGAAGAUGCCGCUGCCGCUGCCCCCGUUUGGAACCGGCAGGAGCUCCUGGAACUCGUUCUUGAACGGCAUUUGGUUGCAGCUCCGAAGAUCAUCGUCGACAACAGAGACGGUGGCCGGGGAUUCCCAGUACCUGUCCGACUUGGUGGGAUCGAAGCCUCCUCCCUCGUCCUGCUGAUAGACGGGAGGAAACGACGAGCUGGAGCCGGCUCUGGAUCCACAGGAUCGUCCUCCGCGUCCAUAGCCAAGGCCCACGAAGAACAGAAAGAGACGGGCCCGACACGAGCGGGUUAUUUUGAAUGGGGAAUGAUUCGGGCGCAUAUUCGCGGGGAUUUUAUGCGCGAAGACACGGGGACGACGACUGCACACGUCGUGCUGACGUCCCCAUCUCCAUGCAACUUUACCUCGUGACGACAUUUUACUCCACUCUUCCGAUUUCAAUAAGCUCGAAGCAGCAGUUUUUGUUAUCCAAAACGAACAAAAGUGAAAAGAGAUGAUAAGCGAGCGGCAUGACGAAAGAGGAGAUAGCCCCGCGGCGCUUUCAACGACCAUCUUUCGCCCGCCACACGGGCCUUGACAGAAAACGUCGAUGAUUUGGGGCGGCGGAGCUGGAACUGGAGCUGUAGCUGGAGCCGGGGCUGAGACGAGCGACGGAGAAGUCGGGCUCGUAGCUGGAGGUAUGAUCGACGAAGAACCCGGGCCUGUAGACAGCAGUGACGACGAAUCGCUCGAAGUGGACGACAGGCUUUUGAUAGCGGCAUCGGAGAUAUCAGAACUUCCAAAGCUUCCGCUGCUGGAUUCGCCACCACCACCACCACCCCCGAUCAACCCGUGCUCCGCCUCGCCAUCCUCGUCCUCGUCAUACUUGAGCUGCAAGAUGAGCCUGCCUUUCGUCCGGAUGGGCCGGAACAUGAGCUGCUUGGGGACCUUGAGCUCCUGGAGCACGAACCGGCCGUGACUCCUGAUCGGGUGAAGCGCCACCAGCGGCAUCUGGCACGGGAACUGCGACGGCCCCUUCCUCGCCAGCGAUGGCAGCGGUGGAGGAAAGAUCCUCACGACCCGUCGGCACUCCUCUUCCUCGUCGUCCUCCUCCACCUCCAGAGAUGAUGUUCCAGCAGCACCGCCGCUACUACUUUCCACUGCUCUUCUCCGCAAGAAGCUCGAGUGGUGGUGGUGGUGGUAGACGCUCGGCGAGGAAGAAGUUCCCGUGAGUUUAUCCUUGGCCUUUGUGUUAUAUGAUCCCAGUGACUCCACGACUAGUCCUGUUCUA